AUGCCUAGCCUUUUCGAUAAGAUCCAAGCCAAGCUUGAGCUGUACAGGCUCGAGAAACGUUACACCCGCAACCGCAACAGACGCACCACCUUUAUCAGCGGCGCUGUCUACGUUGAUGGCGAGUACGUUUACAACACACCGAACUCCACUGGCUCGUCGGCGCAGAGUUCGGCAGCAUCAUCGCCCACAACCGAGUACGGCAGGCACAGCGUGGAGGAGGCCAGGUCACGCUCUUAUACGACCGAGCCCCAGACGCCCGCGCAAAGGAAGAAGUUGAACAGAUUCUCGUCCAUGCCUGGAUUUGGUUCGCUCACAAAGACCAACCAACAAGACUGGAGGUCAAACACGGUCGACGUUCACGAGGUCCGGUAA